CUACAUCUGUUUUCUCAAGCUUACUGCUAUGACAGCGUCUUCGCUAAUGAAGAACUAAGGCUGGACACUUUUAAGGACUGGCCCCAUAAAUCACCUGGAGCAGUUGAGGCUAUGGUCAGAGCAGGUCUAUUCUACACAGGCAAAAGUGACACUGUCCGGUGUUUUUCCUGUGGAGGAUGUAUGUGGAAAUGGGAGGAAGGUGACGACCCCUUAGAAGAUCACGCUAAGUUUUUUCCCAACUGUGUCUUUCUUCAAACCCUGAAGUCCUCUGCAGAAGUAACUCCAGCCCUUCAAAGCCACUGUGCGCUUCCAGAAACCAUGGUAAUGGACACCCCGCCUUCCCUGCUGGACACCACAGGUGGAAGCAAUCAUGAGGAUCCAGUGACAGUUCUCUCUACUGUAGCUGAUGUUGCUCCAAGUGAAGCCCAGGGAUGUGAAUGUCCAUCCAGCGGUGCCUGUGUCCUCUCCACAGACCUGGCUCAGAGUGAAGCCCAGUGGCUUCAAGAGGCAAAGAGUCUGAGUGAGCAGCUGAGAGCAGCCUACACCAAAGCCACUUUCCGCCACAUGAAUUUGCCAGAAGUGUGUUCCAGCCUAGGCACUGACCACUUGCUUGGUUGUGACCUGUCCAUCGUCUCAAAGCACAUCAGCAGGCCAGUGCAAGAGGCCUUGACGCUUCCUGAGGUCUUCACCAAUCUCAACUCUGUCAUGUGUGUGGAGGGGGAAACUGGCAGUGGGAAGACAACCUUCCUGAAGAAAACAGCCUUUCUCUGGGCAUCAGGAUGCUGUCCCGUGCUGAACAGGUUCCAGCUGGUCUUCUACAUCUCCCUUAGUUCCAGCAGACCAGACCAGGGUCUGGCCAGCAUCAUCAGUGCCCAGCUCCUCGAGGCAGGAGGAAGCAUUAGUGAAGUGUGCCUGAGCAGCAGCAUCCAGCACUUAAAGCACCAGGUGCUCUUCCUGUUGGAUGACUACAGUGGGAUGGACUCACUGCCCCAAGCCAUAGAAACACUGAUUACAAAAAACUACUUGUCACAGACCUGCUUACUGAUCGCUGUCCAUACCAACAGGGCCAGGGCCAUCCGCCCAUACCUAGAUACAAUUCUAGAGAUCAAAGAGUUUCCCUUCUACAAUACUAUCUCUGUAUUACGGAAGGUAUUCUCACACGAUAUAAUCUGUGUGCGAAGGUUUAUAAAUUACUUUGGAAAGAAUGAAGAUUUACAGGGAAUUCACAAAACCCCCCUCCUUGUGGCAGCAGUCUGUACUGACUGGUUUCAAAAUCCUUCUGACCAGUCCUUUCAUGAUGUGGCAGUUUUCAAGUCCUAUAUGAAAUACCUGUUCUUAAAGCACGAGGCUACACCUGGGCCUCUCAAGGCCACCAUGUCCUCAUGUGGCCAGCUGGCCUUGAGAGGGCUUUUCUCAUCUUGCUUUGAGUUCAGUAGUGAGGACCUCACAGAAGCAGGAGUUGAUGAAGAUGAAGAUCUGACCACCUGCUUGAUGAGCAAAUUCACUGCCCAGAGACUGAGACCAGUCUAUCGCUUCUUAAGUCCUUUGUUCCAAGAAUUUCUUGCUGCCAUGAGGCUGACUGAACUCCUGGGUUCAGAAAGAGAGGAAGACCAAGAUCUGGGUUUUGAAUAUUUGAGACAAGUUAACUCACCCUUGAAGGCUCUGAGUGUCUACAACAAUUUUUUGAAGUAUGUCUCCAGCCACCCUUCAUCAAAGGCAGGGCCAAAAAUUGUUUCUCACUUGCUUCAGUUGGUGAGUGAUAAAGAGUCUCUGGAGAACAUGUCUGAAAAUGAGGAUUAUGGGAAGAUCCAUCCAGAAACUUCCCAGAGGAUGCACCUUAUUAGGGGGUUGUGGCAGCUUUCUCCUGAAGCAUUCUCUUUAUUUAUUUCAGAAAAUUUAUUGAAUAUUGCUCUAAAGUUUGCUUAUGAAAGCAAUGCAGUUUCUGUGUGUUCUCCAUUUAUCUUGCAGUUCCUUCGAGGAAGAACACUGGCUCUGAAUGUAUUGAAUUUACAGUACUUUGGGGACCAUCCAGAAAGCCUUCUAUUAUUGAAGAGUAUUGAGGUCUCCAUAAGUGGAAAUAACAGUGUACAGAGAAUAGAUUUUUCAUCCAUGGAAAAAUGUUUUGAGAAGGUCCAGCCACCAACUAUAGAUGAGGACUAUACAUCUGCCUUUCAAUCCAUUAAUGAAUGUGAGAAAAAUUUAGCUGAAAAAGAGGAUAUAAUAAAGAACUAUGUGGAUAUCAAACACCAGGCACCACCAAAUAUCAGUGCUGGGUACUGGAAACUGUCACCCAAGCAGUACAAGAUCCCUAGGCUGGAAGUUGGAGUGACCAACAUGGGUCCAGCAGACCAAGCACUGCUCCGGGUCCUCAUGGAAGUCUUCUCGGCAUCGCAGGAUAUCGAACUCCAUUUGAUGCACAGCAGCGGCUUUCUUGAAAGCAUCCGGCCUGCUCUGGAGCUGAACAAGACCUCUGUCACCAAGUGCUCCCUGUGCAGACUGAGGCUCAGUGCAGAGGAGCAGCAGCUGCUUCUUGCCCUGCCUGCCCUGAGGUCUCUUGAGGUCUCAGGGACAAACCAGUUGCCAGAUCAACUCUUCCCUAACUUGGACAAGUUCCCGAGCCUGAGAGAACUGUCUGUGAGACUAGAUGGUUCACCAGAUGUGCUGUCCGUCAUCCCUGGAGACCUCCCAAACCUCCACCACAUGGAGAAGUUAUCCAUCCAAACUUCCACAGAGUCUGACCUCUCCAAACUGGUUAAAUUGAUUCAGAACUCUCCAAAUCUUCAUGUUUUCCACCUGAAAUGUGAUUUCUUUUCGAAUUGUGAGUCUCUCAUGACUGUGCUUGCUUCCUGCAAGAAACUCAGAGAGAUUGAGUUUUCUGGACGAUGCUUUGAAACCAGGCCAUUUGUCACUAUUUUGCCAAAUUUUGUUUCACUGAAGAUAUUGAAUCUCAAACGUCAACAAAUUCCAGAUAAAGAAACAUCAGAAAAGUUUGCACAGGCUCUGGGUUCUCUCAGGAACCUCGAGGAACUGCUCCUUCCCACUGGGGACGGGAUUCAGCAAGUGGCCAAACUGAUUGUCCAGCAGUGUCUGCAGCUUCCGUGUCUCCGAGUUCUUGCCUUUGUAGAGACAUUAGAUGAUGACAGUGUGAUGGAAAUUGCCAAGGGAGCAACCAGCGGAGGUUUCCAGAAACUUGAGAACUUAGAUAUUUCAAUGAAUCACAAGAUCACAGAGGAAGGGUACAGAAGUUUCUUUCAAGCCCUGGACAACCUGCCAAACUUGCAAAACCUAGAUGUUUCCAGGCAUCUCCCAGAAUGCAUCCAAGCUCAGGCCACCACUGUCAAGGCUCUGAGUCAGUGUGUGUCCCGACUGCCCAGCCUCACCAGGCUCGGGAUUCUCAGUUGGCUCCUGGAUGAAGAGGACGUGAAAGUGGUCAAUGCUGUGAAGGAAAGGCACCCUCAGUCCAAAUGCCUGAUUAUUCACUGGAGGUGGGUAGUGCCCUUCUCUCCUGUCCUUCAAAAGUGAAGGAUACAGCUGAAUAUUACUGUCAGGUCUAAAAACCCAAUUUUCUAAUACAGUUCACUCUAGACAAGCAUGGUGUAAUCCCAGUACUUAAGAGACUGAGACAGGAGGAUCAAGAGGUUGAGUCCAGACUGGGUUACAUCACAAGACCUUAGUUCAGAACCAAAUCGUUCACUAUUACGUAUACAAGAAUAUUCCAAAACUAUCAGGCUGGUAACUGAAAUCCUGCAUGCCAUCACUGAACUUAUGAGCUAUGAGUCCUUCUGUGGUCCUCCUUUGACAGGGGAUGUCCUUCUGUAUGUAUGUUUCUCUCACUGGUUGAUGAAUGAAGCACUGUUUGGCCAAUAGAGGCAGGGGAUGGGCAGGACUAGGAGAAGAGGGGAAUUCUGUAAAGGAUAGGCAGAGAGAGAUCACCAGAGGAGACACCAUGGAGUGGAAGAAGGACCCUUCUCUGACAAGAUAAGACCACAUGGAAAUACUUACUGGAGAAGGGUCUGAAUCAGGCGGGACAAGAAAAGUGCCAGCAACACUCCUGUCUGUUGAAAGCCUGCAUGCCCACACUGAGCUAUGAUGAAAGUCCUUGUAUAAGGUCUCCCUCCUGUAUAAAGACUAGAGCUUCACUGAAGUUCAUACCGAGAACCUUCCAUUGCCAAGAUCAACAGGAAGUGGCAGGGGAAGGACCAUUGAUCUGUGUAAAAACCAUAACAUGGAAGGAGUGUUUGAUGGAGGUAAGAAAUGGCCAGUUUAUCUGGGUGGUGGUGGCACAUGCCUUUGAUCCCAGUACUCGGGAGGCAGAGACAGGUGGAUCUCUGUGAGUUCGAGGCCAGCCUGGUCUAUGGAGUUAGUUCCAGGACAGGUUCCCAUGCUACACAGGGAAACCCUGAGUCAGGCCCAUCCAUGAUAAAGCAGGAACUGACUUUACCACAGGAUGCAGAUGACUCUUUCCAGGGCUUUUGUGCAUUCACCAGCUUUGGUAUGGCCAUGCUUGCUUACACUGUCUCUCAUCCAUUGCCAACGUGAGGAAGACAUUGGGCUUAGAGAAAACUGCUUUUGUUCCAGAGGCUUCUGGGAGCUACAUAUAUUAUAAUAGCUUUAUAAUUUUUUGAGAA